AUGAUUUCAAUAAAAGGUAAGCUGUCUAGCGGCGCUCCUUCCUUGUCCAUCUGGGCCUGGGCCCGUCAUCUCAAGCAGGUCAAACUCGUGAGUAACUGGCGUAUUCCCGGGGCAAACAAGAUACGUGCCGUACUCGCACUUGGAAGUGGUCUGAGUUGCGACGAAGCUGUUCUUGCCGCCCUAUACGGGCGACGAGUAAUUGUAAGCGGCAACAACGCAGCUGUUAGUCUAGGCGGUCAUGUUCAAGGCGGCGGUCACGGCCCCUUGUCCAGCACCUAUGGCCUCGCCACCGACAUCUAUCAAGCCCCAGUUGUCACGACAAAGGGUCACAUUCUCACUGACGAAACUCAAAACCAAGAUCCUUUGUGGGCUAUCCGAUGCGGUGCUGCCGGUCAGUAUAGCAUUGUCACCGAGCCCGUCUUGAAAACGUAUGCUGCUCUAACGACACUCGUGAAUUCCAUCUUGAGCUUGUCGCUAGCCGAUAAUACCGUUGACCUCAGCUCCGUAUUAAGCGACCUGGAAGGAAUUCGCCGUUCUGCUACAGCAUCUUCCUGA